CUGAGUCUCCCCCUCCCUCACAAAUUCCGUUGAUUUAUUUUUCCCGGUAAAGUUCAAAAACCCUAACUCCGAUUCACUCUCUCCGACUCUUACAUUCGGAUUCGUAACCGAAAAUCGGAUGGAGAGAAGUGUUGAUUACAGUUCAGAGGAGGAAUGCACGGAGGAUUAUCGGCGUGGAGGAUACCACGCGGUUCGAGUCGGCGACGCUUUCAACAAUGGCCGUUACAUCGUGCAGUCCAAACUCGGUUGGGGCCAUUUUUCCACCGUCUGGCUCGCUUGGGACACUCUCAAUUCGGUUACAUUUUUCAAGUAAUAGUUACGAAAAUGUUCCAUUGUUUAUGUUCCGUCCGGUGUUUUAGUUGCGGAGGAAGGCAUUAUGUAGCCCUUAAAAUUCAGAAGAGUGCACAGCACUAUACUGAAGCCGCGAUGGAUGAAAUAAAGAUUCUCAAACAAAUAGCUGAGGGGGACCCGGAUGAUAAGAAAUGUGUUGUGAAGCUUUUGGAUCAUUUUAAGCAUUCGGGGCCUAAUGGCCAGCAUGUGUGUAUGGUUUUUGAAUUCCUGGGUGAUAAUCUUCUCACCCUUAUCAAAUAUAGUGGCUAUCGUGGGCUUCCUCUCCCCAUGGUUAAAGAAAUCUGUUUUCAUAUUUUGGUGGGCUUGGAUUACUUGCAUCGCGAGCUUUCUGUCAUUCACACUGAUUUGAAGCCAGAGAAUGUGUUGCUUCUGUCACUGAUAAAUCCAUCUAAAGAUCCUAGGAAAUCAGGUGCUCCACUCAUCCUUCCAAACACCAAGGAUAAGGCUGUGUCCAAUAAUGGGACUAACCAAGACAAUAAAAUUUUGAAUGGAGAUCCGAUGAAGAACCAGAAAAAGAAAAUGCAGAGGAAGGCUAAGGUAGCUCAAGGCUGUGUUGAGAAGGAAACUUCAGAGGAAGCUGAGGAUUAUAAAGGACUCGAGCAAGAAGAUAGUGGCAAUGAUGUGAAAUUAAGUGUGGAAUCAGUUGAAGAUAAACAUAAUAGUUCUCUGAGUAAAGAUGAAUCGAGUUCAUCUAAGAUUUUUGAGAAGGAUGUUUCACAAGGAAGUCAUGGUCACAGGAGAGGCAGCCGUUCCAUGAGAAAGAAGUUGCUGGAAGCUGUUGAUCUUAAGUGCAAGCUGGUUGAUUUUGGUAGUGCUUGUUGGACUUACAAACAAUUCACAAAUGAUAUUCAGACAAGGCAAUAUAGGUGUCCUGAGGUUCUUCUUGGAUCCAAAUAUUCAACCCCUGCAGAUUUAUGGUCCUUUGCUUGCAUUUGCUUCGAGCUUGCCACUGGUGAUGUUCUUUUUGAUCCUCACAGUGGUGACAACUAUGAUAGAGAUGAGGAUCAUCUGGCAUUGAUGAUGGAGCUUCUUGGGAAGAUGCCUCCCAAGAUUGCACUAGGUGGUCGCUAUUCCCGAGAAUUUCUCAAUAGACAUGGUGACUUGAGGCACAUCAGCAAUUUGCGAUUUUGGCCAAUGGAUAAGGUGCUGAUGGACAAGUAUAAUUUCAAUGAGCAAGACACAAAUGACUUGGUUGACUUCCUUGUUCCAAUACUUGAUUUUGUCCCGGAAAAGAGACCAACAGCUGCUCAGUGCCUUAGUCAUCCAUGGAUGAGUGCAGGUCCUCGGACUCUUGAGUCCUCAAUAACUACCGUGCAACCUGAUGCCAUCAACGAGGAAUUGUCUAAAAGGAGGAAGAGGGAAACGGCUGAGAAGGAGGCAGUGGAAAUUGGUUUGAGGAAUAUAUCCAUUAAAGAAACAUCUGAGCCUCUCAAAGACUCCCAACCUCUAAAGUCAUUCAAAUAGAUACAAAUUGGCUUGUCUGGCGGUAUAUGCAACCUGUUUUGUUUUAAUGGGUAAGUUUUGCUGGUCCUUGGAACUUGAUAUCUGUGGAAAUGUUACAUGGGACAUUAUAUGCAAUGCAGGUCAGACGACGAGCUUGUGACUUGGGAAAGCUCUUCCUGGGGCGAAGCGGCUGGAUUUCUGUAUUGUUGUAACCUAACUUAUUUCACCUUUACUGGUAUUACAGGGUUAGCUUCAAAUUCAAUUGAUUAAGUGUGCUAAGUUUUAGAAACUAGAUAUUUUUUGGUGUUUGGAACUGCUCCCCAGAUUAGAGUUUUGUCUUUCAGAAAUACGACAUUUGUUUUGGGGGGUUGUCCAAUUGUACUUCAAAUGAGCUAAUCCUUGAUUUGUCUAGCAUCAGACUUUGUUGCAUGUUGAGUUUAUGGAACAUAUAACUUUGGUUACGGUCCAUUGUAUGUAAAGAGAGAUCUUCAAUAUAUAUUUUAAAUUUUGUUUUGAAAA